GGCGGGGCGGCGGCUGCGCUGACGCCGUGUGCUGCGGCGCGGCUCCUGCGUUGUCUUCUCCCAGGCGGAGCCGGGCGUGGGCGGCCGCGAUGAGCUGGGAGUUGCUGCUCUGGCUUUUGGCGCUGUGCGCGCUCCUCGCGCUCGUGGUGCAGGUGCUGCGCUUCCUGCGGGCGGAUGGCGACCUGACCCUGAUGUGGGCUGAGUGGCAGGGGCGACGCCCAGAAUGGGAGCUGACCGAUAUGGUGGUAUGGGUGACUGGAGCAUCGAGUGGGAUUGGUGAGGAGCUGGUGUACCAGCUGUCCAAACUAGGAGUCUCUCUCGUGCUGUCAGCCAGAAGAGUGCAGGAGCUGGAAAGAGUGAAGAGAAGGUGCCUUGAGAAUGACAAUUUAAAAGACAAAGAUAUACUUGUUUUGCCACUUGACCUGACUGACAGAAGUUCCCAUGAGGCAGCUACCAAAGCAGUCCUCCAGGAGUUUGGUAAAAUCGACAUUCUGGUCAACAAUGCUGGAAGAUCUCAACGUUCUUUGUGUGUGGACACCAGCCUGGACGUCUACAAGGAGCUAAUAGAGCUUAACUACUUGGGGACGCUGUCCUUGACAAAGUGUGUUCUGCCUCACAUGAUCGAGAAGAAGCAAGGGAAGAUCGUUACUGUGAAUAGCCUCCUGGGUAUCAUAUCUGCACCCCUUUCUAGUGGAUACUGUGCCAGCAAACAUGCUCUCCGGGGUUUUUUUAAUUGUCUCCGAACUGAACUUGCUACUUACCCAGGUAUAGUUGUUUCUAAUAUUUGUCCGGGACCUGUGCAAUCAAAUAUUGUGAAGAAUGCCCUGUCUGAAGCAGUUGAAAAGUCUAUAGGCAUUGAUGCAGCCCAGACCCACAAGAUGGCGACCAGUCGUUGUGUACGGCUGAUGUUAAUCAGCAUGGCCAAUGAUUUGAAAGAAGUUUGGAUUGCGGAGCAACCAUUUUUAUUAGUAGCAUAUUUGUGGCAGUAUAUGCCAACGUGGGCCUGGUGGCUGACCAACAUACUAGGGAAGAAAAGAAUUGAGAACUUUAAGAAGGGUUUGGAUGCAGAUGCCUCUUACUUUAAAAUCUGGAAGACAAAACAUGACUGAAGGAGGAAUACUUGGAUUUUUUUUUAAGCUACUGGAGGGAGAAAUGAAAACAGCAAUCUUUAUAUACUAAAGACUAACUUCUGAUUUUACUUUUUAAUAGAUACAGCUUUCCUUUCGACAUGUAAUAAAUGAUAGAAGAUUCCCAUGAAUCUUGCAAUAAAGGUAUUAACACAUACUACA